CACCCAGCUGGCUUCGCGCCGCCCUUUUGCGCAUGCGCCGCCGCCGGUUGGGCUGUUGCUCCCUGACGGGUGACUGCGGCGGGUCCUCGCCAUGGAGUCCUACGACGUGAUAGCGAACCAGCCCGUCGUGAUAGACAACGGUUCAGGCGUGAUUAAAGCAGGUUUUGCUGGUGAUCAAAUACCGAAAUACUGCUUUCCAAACUAUGUGGGCAGACCAAAGCACGUUCGUGUUAUGGCUGGUGCUUUAGAAGGAGAUAUUUUCAUUGGUCCAAAGGCAGAGGAGCACAGAGGUCUCCUCUCAAUCCGAUACCCAAUGGAACACGGCAUAGUGAAGGACUGGAACGACAUGGAGCGGAUUUGGCAGUAUGUGUAUUCAAAAGAUCAGCUUCAGACAUUCUCAGAGGAGCAUCCUGUGCUGUUGACGGAAGCACCACUAAACCCACGCAAAAACAGAGAACGUGCUGCUGAAGUGUUCUUUGAGACCUUCAACGUUCCAGCACUGUUCAUCUCCAUGCAGGCUGUGCUCAGUCUGUAUGCUACUGGGAGGACCACAGGAGUGGUGCUGGACUCUGGGGAUGGCGUUACCCACGCAGUGCCCAUCUACGAAGGCUUUGCCAUGCCUCAUUCCAUCAUGAGGAUUGACAUUGCAGGCCGUGAUGUCUCGCGCUUCCUGCGCCUCUAUCUCCGGAAGGAAGGCUACGACUUCCACACAACCUCAGAGUUCGAGAUCGUAAAGACCAUCAAGGAGCGUGCCUGCUAUCUGUCCAUAAACCCCCAGAAGGAUGAGACACUGGAGACAGAGAAGGCUCAGUACUAUCUGCCAGAUGGAAGCACUAUUGAGAUCGGCUCUGCCCGCUUUCGUGCCCCAGAGCUCCUGUUCCGGCCAGACCUGAUAGGAGAAGAAUGUGAAGGACUCCAUGAGGUGCUCGUUUUCGCCAUUCAGAAAUCAGACAUGGAUCUGAGGCGAACACUUUUUUCCAACAUUGUGCUGUCUGGUGGCUCCACGCUUUUCAAAGGUUUUGGAGAUAGGCUCUUGAGCGAAGUGAAGAAACUAGCUCCAAAGGAUGUCAAAAUAAGGAUAUCAGCUCCUCAGGAGAGAUUGUAUUCUACGUGGAUUGGGGGCUCCAUUCUGGCCUCGCUGGAUACUUUUAAGAAGAUGUGGGUUUCAAAAAAGGAGUAUGAAGAAGAUGGAGCUCGUGCCAUCCACCGAAAAACCUUCUAGCCCUGGGACCUAUCCUCAGUCUCUGAAGACUCACUUCAGUUCUAAACUCGCUUUUCUGAGUCCGAGUGUCUGAGAGCUGCCUGUAUGUGUGUGUGUGCGCCAGCAUGCCCCGACGUCACUGAGCAAAGACAACAGCAGCAGGAGGGUUGGAUUAGUACUAACUACUUAUUUUUUUUAUUUUUGUUGGUUUUUUUCUUUAAUGGAAAGGAUGAAAUACCAGUCUGCUUUUCUUCAGAAUGGCCCCUGCCUUUUUCAUUUCAGUUCCUUUGUUUCUGUGUUACGAUCACAUUUGCCACUGUAAAACAAGCAAGGAAAAAGAAGGGAACAGCUUAGAAUCUGCCUAGCAAGUCAGAAAGGAGCUAACCACUGCAAACUGCUCACGUAGGCUUUAGUCAGCCUGACUGCAAUGCCUGGAUUGUCUGGAAAUACAUAGCUGAAGCCCCAUAGCUACUUUCUUCCUCAGCAGUGUCUCCACCAUCAGUAGACUUUUGAAGUUGUUUUUAAUGUCUUUUGUUUUUUCUUAAAUUGAAAGAAAGCACAUUCUGAACAGUUAAGCCCAUUUGCCCCCACUAUUUUCAGUGUGUAUGUGUGUGAGUGUGUAUGUGUGUGAGUGUGUAUGUGUGUGAGUGUGUAUGUGUGUGAGUGUGUAUGUGUGUGAGUGUGUGUGUGUGUGAGUGUGUGUGUGUGUGAGUGUGUGUGUGUGUGAGUGUGUGUGUGUGUGAGUGUGUAACUUCUCAGACUGAUGUGGGGUUCUGUGCCACAGCUGGAGAAGAUGGUGAUAGGACUUAGUUUGUAUUGCAUGGAGUAGAACAAAGCAAUCUCUAAUCGGCUUUCAUUACGCUAGACGGUUAUUCUCUUGUUCCUUCUUUUAAAUACCUUUCCUCCUCUGGAGUGAAGGCACUUGAGUGUCCUCCCUCAACCUGCCAAGACUUACAGCUUUCAUGUUCUUUCUCUGCAGGAGUUGGGGCUGCUUCCCUCCUCCUCUGCCACGUCAGGGCAACGGAAUUGUGUAUUUCCAGCCAGGCAUAACUCUUGUGUACUUCAUCCAUUUGGGGGCAAAAUAAUAGUUGGAAAGGUGCAUUGUAAUGUAAGAAUUGUUUUAUUUAUUGAAAUCUCUGAGGAUAUCUCAAAUACUGACCAUAGCACCUGC